CUAGAAUUGAUAUAUGAAAAUGUUGAGUAAUUGUGAUAAAUCAUUAAUCAGUGAAUUAAUCAUAAUAAUUAGUAUGUCAUCAUUUGCUUGGUGUUUGAAUAUAACCAAAAUGGAAGUGCCAUCGUUUGCAAUGGCAGGUCAACAGUAUACACUCACUUGUACCAAUGAGGAUGGCACCGAAAAUGAUACGUUUGUAUCACUUAAUUGGUAUAAAUUUGAUGAAAACAAGUGGAAACUUGUCAAAAGUAUUCCGGGCACUCCAGCAGAAGGAGGCGAACAGACGGGAGCGCUGACAGAAGGGGGACAGACAGCAGAACCGGCAACAACUCCGGCACCAAAUGAAGGGGCCGCUGAAGGCACACAAUCACCGGAUAAUAAUAAUCAGCCACAAGAAGGCAACCAAACUCUGUCGGCACCGGAAGCAAAAGCACCGAAACUAUACACAUGG